CGGUCCGAUAUAGUGCACACAUUUUUCCUUGUAGAUGUAUUUUUGAUUUCGGCUUCACCUUAUCUGCGCAGUGAUGAUGUAAUAAUAUUUCGCGCCUGUUCUGUGUAGCGCGAAAUUUCGUUUGUUGUUAUCGAUUGAUAGAUUCGGGAAUCUUACACUAUUUUAAUAUUCUUUUCCAAAUUUUAAUUGUUUUUGAUUUAUUAGUUAAUAUAUUAAUCGAAACGUUUUUAUACUAAUUUACCAAUGUCUUCUGCCGACGUUUUGGAUGCAGUAAAAGCAUUAGAAGACGCUUUGAAAUGUACCUUUUGCAAUGAUCUGUUGAAUGACCCUCUACUCAUUGUGAAAUGUGGACAUACAACGUGCAAGCAGUGCUUCACAAAAAAUUCAGAAAUGACAUGUCCUGUAUGCAACACUCCAAUUAACAACCGUGAUUCACUUGAAGAUAAACAGCUGAUUGAAUUGUUAGAUCAGCUGAAAAAAUUAAAAAGUUUUAUUCCAUCUGGAAAUGGAGAAAGUGCUGCAGAAGUACUUGAUGAACCUGUUUUAAAGAACACUAUAAAGAGUGGACCUUUAACAUCAACUCCAAAAGUUAUAAGACCAAAAUCAGUCUCUAAAAGACCUUCUGUUCCAUUGCAGAACAAAGAAAAUUCCAUUCAGAAAACACCUACAAAUCAGUUAGUUAAAACACCUAUCUCUACUUCAAGUAGAUCAAGAAAAUUUGGAAAUAGGAAAUCAAGCAGUGUUUCUAGCCCAAACACUUCAGGCCAGUCACCCAUUGGGAAUAUAAAUAAAAAGAAUCACAAAGGAGAAACUCCAUUGCAAGUGGCUGUUAUUAAAGGGGAUAUUGCUAAAGUGAAGGAACUUCUUAAAGAAGGUGCUAUUGUUAACACACAAGAUAACAAUGGUUGGACACCCUUGCAUGAAGCCAGUAAUCGUGGAUUUAUAGAAAUUGCUCAACUUUUAUUAGAAUAUGGUGCUCUAGUCAAUGUACCUUCACUUAAAGAUAACAUCACUCCUUUGCAUGAUGCUCUGCUUAAUGGCAUGGUAACUAUGGCUGUCUUACUAGUAUCUAGAGGAGCUGACUUACUUGCCAAAACAUCUUUUGGAUAUACAGCUUUAGAUCUCUGUAAAACAGAUGAAGAUAGAAAAGUUCUAACUGAAGCCUGUUCUCCAUUUAUUGAAGCCAACACGUUAGUUCCAGAUGUAAAAUCUUUUUUGAAGAAAGAAGAUAAGAUAAUAUUUCUCUGUUCUAAUUUGGAUGAAAAGCAAAAGGAGAAAUUACAGAAAUGUGCCCAAAUGUUGAAAGCUGAUAUAGUAGAGGAUUUCAAACCAGAAGUUACUCAUGUGAUAACAAGUUGUGACAAUCAAGGAAAUUGUAUUCGAACACUGAAAGUUCUAAUGGGUAUUUUAACUGGAAAGUGGGUUAUGAAUUUCAAUUGGAUUGAAGUCUGCUUAGAAUAUAAACAGAAAGUCGAUGAAGAAGUAUUUGAAGUCCAGGGAACAAGAAACCAACCCAACAGUCAAGGGCCAAAACGUGGGAGACAAAAUUAUGAACAAAAACGUCCACCUUUAUUUGAUGGAUUUUACUUUUAUCUGCAUGGUACCUUUUGCUCACCUACUCCCUCACGAGAAGAUCUUUGCAACCUCAUACAUUUAGGAGGAGGGAAAGUUCUCUCCCGAGAGCCCAGAACAGAUGCCAUUGACACAUUCAUGAUACCUUAUCAUGCCAUUGAAUCACCAAUGGAGGAUACAAGUCAUGUGAUUUUGUACCAGGAAAAGCCACCAAGAGAAAAACAUGUUCGAAGUGGACACAUAUGUACUACACAAGUCAUGUGGUUGAUUGCAUGCAUCAGUGAAUUCAAAAUAGUAGAAUCUCAACAAACAAAUGUUGUAAAUAAGUAAGAAAUAUUUGAUGAAAAUAGUGCUAUUACAUAAAUCACAUAGAAACAGUUUUCAGAAACAACUGAAAUAAUCUGUUUUAUA